AUGGAUAAGGCUUGGAUGCAUAUCGAAGAUAGAUUGCAUUCCAAUAGUUAUGGUGAAGGUGUUAGACAAUUCAUGGCUAUGGCUCAAGCCCAUUCACCUGGAUCUGAUCGCAUUAGAUGUCCAUGUAAGAGAUGUCGGAAUAGAGCUUUCCACACUCUUAGCCUAGUCGAAGAUCAUUUAUUCAUCAUAGGGAUUGAUCCAACUUAUACGGAAUGGAUAUUUCAUGGGGAAGAUGAUCCUUUCUUAGAUGCUACAUUUUCAGACGAAGAAGGUGAUGAUGCAUCGGCUUCUAAUGACUACAUCGAUGAUGUCGAUGAUAUGUUAGAUGACAUAAGGGUUGGGUCGUUCAUGGAUGAUUCAGCUACAAAUCAAGGAAAUGCAAACACAAAUGAUGAACCACCCACCUAUAAUACCUCAACAAACCUUACUUUUGAGGAGUUGGUAGCUGACGCACGACGACCACUUUACCCUUCAUGUGCAACGUUCUCGAAGCUCUCAUUUAUAGUCAAAUUGCUUCACAUCAAGACACUUGGUGGUUGGACCGUGAAGUCCUUUGACAUGGUUAUAAAGCUUUUACAAGCUGCAUUUCCCAAUGCCCUUUUCCCUGACUCAUUUAACGAUGCUCGUCGCUUGGAGCGUGGCUUGGGAUUUAGUUACAAAAAGAUACAUGCUUGUCCAAAUGAUUGUGCAUUGUUUUGGAAGGAAAAUGCCGAGUUCAAUGAAUGUCCAAAAUGUAAUGCAUCUAGGUGGAUUUCAAGCACAAGUAACCAUCAAAGGAUACCCCAAAAAGUGCUCCGGUAUUUUCCUCUGAAGCCACGCUUGCAGAAGCUAUUUAUGUCAAAGAAGACAGCCCAGGCCAUGAGAUGGCAUUUAGAAGAACAUGUUCAGGAUCCGACCUGCAUGCGACAUCCAGCAGAUUCUAGUAUAUGGAAAGAAUUUGAUAGCAAACAUGGUUGGUUUUCCCAAGAUCCUCGCAAUGUUAGACUUGGCCUAGCGAGUGAUGGGUUUAACCCAUUUAAUAACAUGAGCAAACUGUAUAGCAUAUGGCCGGUACUACUUGUACCUUACAACUUGCCCCCUUGGUUAUGCAUGAAAGAUCCGUACACCAUGUUGUCAUUGCUAAUCCCUGGCCCAAAGGCACCAGGAAAUGAUAUUGAUGUGUAUUUGCGUCCUCUUGUCGAUGAGUUGAAAGAGUUAUGGGAAGAGGGUAUUCAUACUUAUGAUGCAUACACUGGGCAAAUCUUUAGAUGA